AAAUUCAACCAGUUGGGAUAAUAUCAUAUACCAAGUAGCGAUAAAAGUUAGAUAAAUUUACGGACAAGUAAAAUCUACCGUCUUAAACUUUACUUUACUUUUUGUUGAAGAAAUUUCAUUAUUUUUUAUUACUGGAUAAGCAACAAAAAUGAAACGACUAGAAUUUCAUUUUGCUGAUUAUAUUGUAAUGGUGAUAUUUCUUGCUAUAUCUUCUGCGAUUGGAAUUUACUAUGGCUUUUACAAGAAACAGAGAACAACAGAGGAAUAUAUUCUUGGUAAUCGGAAGCUUCAUUUUGUUCCUGUUGCUUUGUCUUUGGCAGUAACGUUUCAGUCCGCAGUUUCAAUAAUUGGAUAUCCUGGUGAAAUUUAUCUGUAUAACACUAUGGUGCUUUAUACGACCUUUGGAAUAUCUAUUGCAUAUCUAAUACAGGCAUUUUUCAUCGUGCCUUUGGUACAUCCACUCAGGCUGACUAGCGCAUACGAGUAUCUACAGCGUCGUUUCCAGUCUAGAGCUGUACAGCUUCUCGCUAUGUCCAUGGGCAUGCUGCAAACGCUGCUGUAUGUCAGCAUUGUCUUGUAUUCUCCAGCUCUUGCGCUUGAAGCAGUAGCUGGAUUUCCAGUUUGGUUAUCAAUUGUAUUGAUAGGGGUAUUGGGAACUUUUUACACCGCUAUUGGAGGAAUGAGAACCGUGGUAUGGACAGAUACAUUCCAGUUUGUUAUACUUUAUGGUGGACUGACUGUGAUACUUAUACUGAGUGUAAUGGAAAUAGGAAGCAUAUCAGCAGUUUUUGAUUUGUCACUGAAAGGUGGUCGGAUAAAAUUUGAUGAAAUAAACCCGGAUCCUCGUGUACGUCAUACAGUAUGGGGAUGUAUUAUUGGCGGUGCGUUUAAUACGUUGCCCAAUUGUUGUAGCCAGUCAGCAAUACAAAGGAUAUCUUCCAUAGAAAAAUCUAAGGAUGCCAAAAUCGCUGCUGCCCUGAAUAUUCCACUGGCUGUAAUCUUCAUUGUCAUCCUCAUACUGACUGGGCUGGUGCUUUAUGCAUACUUCGUUAUCAAAGCAUGUGAUCCUUUGGCCAAUGAACAGGUGUCAAAUCCAAAUCAGUUGAUGAUAUAUUUCGUCAUGAAGGCACUGAGGGAUGUGCCAGGACUUGCUGGCGUAUUUCUUGCAGCAAUGUUUAGUGGAGCUUUAAGUACCUUGUCUUCGGGCAUAAACUCAAUGGCUACAAACGCUCUUCAAGAUAUCCUGUGUGAUUAUUUGAAGGAGGCACAACAGAUUAAAAAGACAUUUAUUUUAAAACUAUUAGUUCUAGUAUAUGGCAUUUUGGCUGUUGUAUUCGCGUAUCUGUCCCAGUAUUUGACAGCACCGGUGACUCAGAUGGGCAGCACAGCUUUUGGUGCAGCCGGUGGUCCAGUUGUUGGUAUAUUUUUCCUGGGUGCUGUUUUUCCAGCGGCUAACAAAAAAGGUGCGUUCAUUGGAGGAAUAUGUAGUAUUGCUAUCAAUAUGUGGAUUGCCCUAGGCUCCUUUAUGUAUGGUAAUAAAGCCCCACUGUCAAAGCCAGUCACUACAUCCGGAUGUUACCAAAAUGAAACCGACUUACCAGAGCUUAAUAUAACACUACCAACUGGAAGUUCAACAUUUGAAAACUCCUUUAGUCGUUAUAAGAAUAAUACUACAUCAAUGGAUAUUCUCGUUUCCCAAUACAGUACGAAUGAAAAUCACCUUGCUAUCUAUGACUUAUCCUAUGUCUGGCUUGGAUUUAUAGGAUUCAUGAUCGCAAUAAUCAUCGGCUUGGCUGUCAGUUUAAUUACAGGUAAAGAUAAAGAUAGUCCAACAGAACAGAUAUACAUCCUUCCUUUUCUACGACGUGUGUGGACAUUCGAUGAACCAGCUUUGCAUGGACAUACAGGAUCUGAAUACUCUUUAGUAGCUAUGGAUGAAGAAGUUGUGAUUGAUUCCAAGAAAAACAACAUAACAGAACUAGUUUAUUGAAUGACAUAGAAAACAUGUAUACUAAAAAAGUCUUCAAUAAAAACAUUAUCAUUAAUAUGUAUUCCAAUUAAAGACGACAUUUUGUAUCAUCCUAAUGUAUUGAAUUUGUAAUUAAACAACAAUUGACUGAAAGAUAUCAUAAAUGGUGGUCAAUUACAUCUGAGCAACAUAUUCUGACAUUUCUAAGUUUUCAUAUAUUCUGUUAGAGAUUUAUUUAAGGAACUAAACGACCCAUAACCUAGUGUUACAUUCCAAAUAUAAAUAUAUAUUUCAUUUCUUUUUA